AUGAUGGUCGCCCGUCCUCCCAUGCUCUCCGAGGCGGUGCAGCUGCGCAGCUUCGAGGUGCCCAUGGUCGGGCUCCACCCGUCGCUCCACGGCCUCAAGAUCGCCCACAUCAGCGACCUCCAUUUCAACGACAACAACUCAGUCGAGAUGGGCACCUCCGACGACAUACUCGAGCAGGCGGCGAGGAUCAUCGAGCGUGAGCAGGUCGAUCUGGUGGUCCUGACGGGCGACUACGUGGAUCACUGGCCCGAGGCGGCGCCUGCUCUCGGGGCCAGGUGGUUGCCACGGUUCAAGGGCCGGCACGGCGCCGUGGCUAUUCUGGGCAACCACGACUACCAGAAGCCCCAGUCCCAGCGGCUCGUGCUCGACGCAUUCGCGCGGGCCAACAUCACAGUGCUAGUCAAUGCGCGGGCCGAGCCCAUCAACAAGUGGAUCGAGGUGCUGGGCGUGGGCGACCUGUGGGAGGACUACCACCCGCACCGCGUCAUGUACCCUCUGCCCCCUCCCCAGCCGGCCACCGCGGCCGAGAACGAAAGCGAAAGCGGAACCGGCCAGGGGGCGUAUCGCAAGGCGCGGUUGGUGCUGACGCACAACCCGGACAGCGCGCCUUACCUUAGUCGCUGGGGCGCCGAUCUCAUGUUGGCGGGCCACGCCCAUGGCGGGCAGUCCUGCCUGCCUCCGGGGCUGCGCCAGCUGUGGCCGCUCGUGAGCUAUCUACCAUUCGACUUGCGGCGCCGCAUACCCGGCUCUCUGGCCCUCAACAAUUGGGACCUCUCCUAUGGCUGGAUCGACCUACCGCGCCCACUGGUCCAGGGAGACGAGACCGCCCUGCCGCCCCUCGAGCCGACCACCAUCCCGCUCUACGUCACCAGCGGACUCGACCGGAUGCCGCCGAGGCUCCUGCUGUGCCACCCCGAGGUGGCCAUCUUCACCCUCCGCCCCCACAAGCCCUGA